AUGGAUCACAAAGGUUUUGUAUAUAAAAAUAAUGGAGGCAUCCAUAAAAAUAAGAGUGUUUGGCAAAUACUGAAAGACCGUUCUAAAAACAAGACAACAAGACUCCGGACAAUAUAUGAUGAAGAAAUGAUUAGAAAUUCAGCUGCUGCAACCAUAUACUCAUGGCCAGUGGCUGAAAUCUCGAUGAGAAAAGCUAGGAGAACAACUAUGCCAGUUUUACCAUCAUCAUUGAGCGAAUUGGCAAACUUCCUAGAUUUCAAUGUGCAACGUUAUACAUGUUGUCAACAGCCCUUCUUCCAAGAUAAGGUUACAGAUACACACGGGAAAUGUUCAAUAAUUUUUGCAUGCAGUGAACUUAUUAGGAAAAUUGUUAUGCUUGGGAGUGAUGAGUUGCAUGCUGACGCAACUUUUAAAGUUGUGCCUUCAACUCCACCAAGCCGUCAACUUUUUAUCAUGCAUUUGAUAUACCAAAACCACUCCAUACCGAUUGUUUAUGCAUUGAUGGAAUCGAAGACUGAAGAGGCAUAUACUCUAUUAUUAAGCAAGUGCAAAGAAUUAUUUCCAUUUAUAAUUCCAGCGAAUAUAAUGACUGAUUUUGAAUCUGGGUUGCUGAAUGCUUUUAAAUCUGUUUAUCCAAAUGCAGAUCAGCGUUCUUGUUUUUUCCAUUAUAUACAGGCACUAGUAAAAAAUAUCAGAACAAGAGGAUUAACGCGGUUUGUUAAAUCCAAUUUAAAUGCGCAACUUUGUGUGCAGAUGUUUUGUGCAUUGGCAUUAUUACCUAAAAAUAAAAUUGAUGAAGGGUAUACAGUAAUUCGCCAGUAUGCCAGGGAUAAGAACAUAUUCAUGGAUAUGGCACCAUUUUUUAGUUAUUUUUCAAGGUAUUGGUUAAAUAAUCAAAAUGGAGGUGAUUAUUUGUUUUCAGUACAUGGAAUAGCAAGGCGUACCAAUAAUAAUAUUGAAUCGUUUCAUGGACGACUAAAAGAAAAAUUUCAACCAAAAUUUCUAACCACUUUUUUUUUAUAA